CGGAGCGGAGCGGGGCCGGUGGCGGCGGCGGGCGAUGGGCGCCGGGCGGUGGGCGCUGCUCUGGGCGCUGCUGGCGGCCCUGCGCCCGCCCCGCGGCGGGGCCGGUGAUGCUGCCCAAACCCCCGGUGUGAGGCCACUGCUGCCAGCAGAGCCCCACCACCCCAAGCGAAGCGCAGCCACCCCUGCUCACUGGAGCCCCGAGCAGCCCCGGGAGCCCCCAGCCAGCCCUCUAGGACACAUCAGGUUUAACCCCACGGUGAGACACAUCGUGAUCAACGAGCACAAGGACGUCACCUUUAAUUGCUCCAUCAGAGUACCUCACCUGCUGCUCCGGCCGGAUGCUCCGGGCAUUUCCUUAUGGAAGGAUGGGAGGGAGCUGCACGCGCUGGACCGCAUCGCCACCAGCCACUUUGAGAUCUCUGAUGAGGAGGAGGUGGCAAUGACCUCCACCUUCAGCAUCGUUGCCGCCCAGCGCUCGGAUAACGGCUCCUACGUCUGCAAGCUCAACAUCUCUGGCAUGGAGGUGGUGUCAGACCCCAUCUCGGUGCAGCUGGAAGGGCUCCCACACUUCAUUCGUCAGCCUGAGAAGCUGAAUGUCACCAGGAACAGCCCCUUCAACCUGACGUGCCAGGCCGUGGGCCCGCCGGAGCCUGUGGAGAUCUACUGGUUUCGCAACAACAUCCGAGUCAAUGAGAAGCCCCACAUCUCCCCAUCAGUCCUCGUGGUGCCAGGUCUCACUGAAGCAACACUGUUCAGCUGUGAGGCUCACAACAGGAAAGGGCUGACCGCAUCCAGCCCGGGGCUGGUCAACAUCAAAGGAAUACCAUCCGCACCCCUCCGUGUGGAUGUCCUCAACAGAACAGGCCACGGUAUCAUGAUCUCCUGGGUGCCAGGCUUUGAUGCAUUCUCUGCCUUCAACAGCUGCAGUGUCAAGGUGAAGGAAGCUGUUCCACGAAGCAAUGUCUCACUUCUGCUGCUCACCACCUCGGUGCCUCCCCACGUGUAUCACAUCCAGCAGCUGGAGCCCAUGGCAGACUACAACAUCAGUGUUUCCUGCAGGAAUGAGGUCGGUUGGUCGGCGUUCAGCCCGUGGAUAACCGCCAGCACCACCGAGGGAGCUCCAACCACCCCUCCACUGAACGUCACCGUGUCAUUCAAUGAAUCCAGCUCCUCCCUGGAGAUCCGAUGGGUGAAGCCAUCCCUGGAGAGAAUCCAUGGGGAACUGCAGGGCUACCACAUCUGGUACAGGUGGCACAACUCCAAAGGGCUGCAGAACGCCUCCGUUGAAGCCCAGCACAACACCAGCAGGGUUGUCCUGCCCGUGGUGGCCACCAACGCCACGUGCUCCGUCCGGGUGGCUGCUGUCACCAAAGGGGGAGUGGGACCCUUCAGCAGGCCCGUGGAGGUCUUCAUCCCUGGCAGUGGACUAAUAACCACAGCCCCCUCUUCGACUUCAGCCUCCGGGAAUGCCGACUCCUUUAUCAUAGCCCUGGGCUUCAUCUGCGGCACAGUCGCUGUCGGGCUCAUCCUCUGCUUGUCCGUGGUCAUCCAGAAGAGAUGUGUGGAAACGAAAUAUGGGAAUGCUUUCAGCAGGAAUGACUCAAUGCUGGUCGUGAACUACACAGCCAAGAAAUCCUACUGCCGGAGAGCCAUCGAACUUACACUGGGCAGCCUGGGUGUCAGCAGCGAGCUCCAGCAGAAGCUGCAGGACGUUGUGGUGGACAGAAACGCCCUCAGCCUGGGGAAGGUGCUGGGAGAGGGAGAGUUCGGGUCAGUGAUGGAGGGACGUCUCAGCCAGCCUGAAGGCACCCCACUGAAGGUGGCUGUGAAGACCAUGAAGUUGGAUAACUUCUCCCAAAGGGAGAUAGAAGAGUUCCUCAGUGAAGCAGCGUGCAUGAAGGACUUUGACCAUCCCAAUGUCAUCAAGCUCCUAGGCGUGUGCAUCGAGCUGAGCUCCCAGCAGGUCCCCAGGCCCAUGGUGAUUCUGCCCUUCAUGAAGUACGGGGACCUGCACAGCUUCCUGCUGCGCUCCAGGCUGGAGAUGGCCCCCCAGUUUGUGCCCCUGCAGACGCUGGUGAAGUUCAUGGUGGAUAUUGCCCUGGGGAUGGAGUAUCUGAGCAGUCGGCACUUUCUCCACAGGGAUUUGGCAGCUCGGAACUGCAUGUUGCGGGAUGACAUGACAGUGUGUGUGGCAGACUUUGGGUUGUCCAAGAAGAUCUACAGUGGGGACUACUACCGCCAGGGCCGGAUAGCCAAGAUGCCGGUGAAGUGGAUCGCCAUCGAGUCCCUGGCUGACCGUGUCUACACCACCAAGAGCGACGUGUGGGCAUUCGGCGUCACCAUGUGGGAGAUCGCGACGCGGGGCAAGACGCCCUACCCAGGGGUGCAGAACCACGAGAUCUACGAGUACCUCCUGCAUGGGCAGCGCCUCAAGAAGCCCGAGGACUGCUUGGAUGAGCUCUAUGACAUCAUGUCUGCGUGCUGGAGAGCCGACCCUGCCGCCCGCCCCACGUUCCCACAGCUGAAGGCCCACCUGGAGAAGCUGCUGGAAAACCUGCCGGCCCUCCGGAGAUCCGGGGACGUCAUCUACAUCAACACCAGCCUGCCCGAGGAGAGCCCGGAUUCCACCCAGGACUCGGGCUUCCCCCAAGCGGACUCUGACCUGGAGCCGGGGGACGUGUCGGAGCCCGGCUCCCCCGGCGCGGAGGCGGCGCUGGUGGCCGUGGAUGUCCAUCACCAUGAGCCCUGGGGGACGAGGUACGUCCUGGAGGAGCCGCUCGGUGGCCCCAGGGAGGAGGCCUAUGUCCCGCUGCUGCCCCUGGGGCCGGCCGGGCCGGGCUUGGCGUGGGCACAGGCCAGCACCCUGCCCGCCGGCAGCACCCAGGGCUGCGGGGAGGACUCUGAGGUGCUGCUCUGAGAGCAGCGGGGUGAGGACGGGCUCCAGGAACAGGACACAGGGUGUAUGUUAAUAAACAGGCGUCUGUUUUAUAGAUCA